AUGCAGAUAGCUCACAUCGUGGAACAUGAGGGAAAGGCAGGACUUACAGUAAACACCGCCUACACAAUGAUUCACAUUGGAACUCAAUCUGCUGCUGCCCUACAGAGGAAAAGACACAUAGGCAACGACAUAGUAGCCAUCGUGUUCCAGGAGGAAAACACGCCUUUCGUCCCAGAUAUGAUCCAGUCCAACUUCCUGCACGCGUAUGUGGUGGUGCAGGUGGAGAACCCCUGCUCGGACAAUGUGCUUUACAAGGAGCGGAGGCGGCAGCGGCGCGCGCCGAUUCCCUGCGCGCCGCCUCGGCGCAUGUCUGUACACAGAAGAGCUUUCUCAUUUGCACAACAGGACGCGACUUGA